CUACACAGUGACAGUCGUCACAGAAUUCCAUGACUGUAGAUGAGAACCUUAACAUCCAAAAUAAAAUUUAAAAAAACAAAGCAAAUUCCAAGAUCAUUGCCAAAAAGGGAAAGGUGGUUGAGGUUCAGCCCAAAUCAAAUACAAGAUUUCACACAUUUAUCUGUUUUCUUUUCACUUACUGACUUACUGUGCUUUAAUAAAGCACAGUGUACCAUUUCACAUUAUAGAGGAAAGUAGCUGGCAGCUAAUGGCCUCUGAAAGAGACAAUUGGAGAGCUUUCACAAAGGCCAGGAUUCCACAUUUGAGACAAAAAAAAAUCCUUAGUGAGGACAGGUGUUAAAGACGAAAAGAAAACUUAAAUAGACUGCUGGCGGAUAAUGGCUUUGUUUGCACAAGGUGCCAAAAAAUAUGCAGCUCAUAAUUGGGUUUGCAUAAACACUGCACUGAUCCUUAAUCUUUGGAAUUGAAGAUAUUGCCAUUGAGGGAAAAGCAGAUAUUUGACCUGCACUUUUUUCUUUGAAAGAAUAUCAGGAUAUUGUACUGUAGACACCUCAGAAAAUGCAUUUUUGAACUUCCUAAUACAGAAGAAAAUGCUUGAGCUAACAGCACUUUACCAGAUCCCCAUGAGCUGAUAAAGGAUCUACAUGAUACUGAACUGUACUGCACACUACACUGGGUGUAAUUUUUUAUCUAGAUUCUGAUCAUUCUCUAGACUCUGGAUCUACCAAUUUACAUCUAGAUCUACAUUCUAGAUCUACUAUUGAUCAAUAAAAUACUGCAAUUACAGUUUGUGCACAUAUUUACCAUGAUUUUUGGUAUGGAGCUGGAAAAGCCAAGAUAAACUAGAUCUAGACUCUAGGUGUAUAGAUCUAGAAAUAACCCUUUUUUUUAACAUUGAGAUCUCAUCCUGAUAAAGUUUUAUUGAUAACUAUAAAAGUUUAAGAAGAAAUGGAAAAUCAGGAUGAAAUCAACAGUAUAAUAGAAGGAACUUGUCGAACAAUGUGUCCAGAAAAGGAAAUGAUUUUACGUGAAAAAGAGCAUCUACUACAUCCAUUUGAAACACGCUUAACUGAUGAUUUGGGACAAGGAUUACAAAAAAGAUCAGUGGCAGAUUACUCUAAAAUGGUUAAAGAGUUUUCUAGACCUGCAGCAGGUCGAGCUGACACAGAACCAAACUGUCUAAGACCAGCUCCAGUCCUUCAACAAACUGUGGAGUAUUUAUUUACCAGUAUUGUACCUAAGACACAUCCAGCUUGGAAUAUUGUCUAUGAGUUUGUGUUUGAUCGUCUGCGUGCUGUGAGGCAGGACAUGGUCAUUCAGGGAAUCACUGGUACAGAUGCUAUUUGUUUACUGGAGCAAAUUGUAAGGUUUCACCUGUAUGCUGCUUAUAGGUUGCGAGAGUCAAGAAUAAGUGAAUUUGACCCAGUUAUAAACAAGCAUCACCUUUUAGAAUGUCUGAAAAGACUGCUUUACUUGUAUCAGGUAACACCAGGUCAUCACAGCAACAGAGUUGAGAUGGAAGCAGUGUACCUAUUGGAUAACCUUGGUGAUGUACAUGCCAUGUCUCAUUAUCUUGAGUUAGAGAAAAAUCUAAGGAGAAGUCAACUCUUGUUGAUGAGUUAUGAAAUGAGCAGAGCUUUUGUUCUUGGAAAUUAUUUGCAUGUUUUACGACUCAUGUGGAAUCUACCCUGUGCUAUGUGUUUGUGUGCAGUGAGCAAACAUUUGUUCCUGAUUCAAAUAAAGUUUUUAGAGAUCCUCAACACAGCCUUCAGUGUAAAAAACUGCAAAUUUCCAUUGUUAAAUCUUACCAAGCUACUUCAUACCAGCUCAGAUAAGGAAACAUUAGAUCUGUGUCUACAGUGUGGUCUGGUCGAUAUGUUUGAUAACACUGCACUAGACUGUAUAUGUUUCAAUAAGACAUCAUUUUCAAAACCUAAAGAACUUAAGGGUGUGUCUCAAUUAUGUCCACUGGAAAAAAUUUUAAAGACUAUAAAUGUACAAGAUUUACUUUUGGGCCCAAGCUAUUCUGUUGUUAGUCACUGCACAAACAAUUCAAAUGUAACUGAUUCUGCAGGACUGAAAGUGCUAACAGACAACACCCAAAAGAUGACAAUCAUAGACAAUCCAGACAAAAUGGCAAGACAUGCUACAGUCAAUAAUGCAAUUAGAUGCAUUGGCCAAGGUCGAGGCAUAUCUAGGAAAUUUUCAAACAGUUGAUGUGAUAAAAUAAAAAAAAAUUGUUUUAGCUUUGUUGAAUAAAGUUUGUUUUAUUGACAACAAAUUAAAAGUUUUAAUUGAUAUUUUAUUUCAA